CAUGCAAAUGUACUUGUAUUUUUAAGACUUAAAAUUAAGUAAAAAUGACGACGUGCGAAAAUAUUUGCCGUGUUUGUAGCAGUCCCGCCCAAUAUAAUAUCUUUGAAAAGAUACCCUCAUAUCUACACGGUUCGCCAAAUGAGUUUCUGAAUUAUCAGAAGCCCAUAAACAUUUUACUCGAAGAAACAACAGGACUGAAUAACUCUCCCGAAGAUGGACUGCCGUUACAUAUAUGCGCUCUAUGCAUAUCCUACUUAAAGCAUGCCGUUACAUUUCGUGAGCAGUGUAUUAAAAAUGCGCUUAGUUUAAAGCUAGUCGCGCUUUAUCAACAACAAUCAAAGGGCCGUAUUAACAUUAAGAGCGUCAGCGACAAGGAGAGUGCACUUAUUACGGCAGAUCAGCUGCGCUAUGUGCAGCGACCCGUAGACAAUUUGCUAUUGAACAAUCACAGCGCACAUCUGGAAACAACAGACAAAGUGCAUAAGAAACUGAUAAAUCAAGUGGCAACCCAAAGGGGCAACAACCGCACUGAUGAGGAGCGUAUCCGCUGUCUUAGCGAAUUCUUAUACAAGCAACGCAAUCAGACACAGGCUAGAAUGGAGCUGCCUUCAACAAGCGGAGGCACCGGCAGCGGCAAUGGUACUGCUGAGGACGAAGACUAUGCAGCGGUCAGCUCCAGUGAUGAUAAUGAAGAGAAUGCAUUGUCACGCAAAGACAAGAAUUGCUAUAACUACACCGAAACCAAUUUUGAGGAGGAUGAUCCUAUGGAGCAAGAUCAGUUAAGGGACAUUAAAGUCACUAUACCGAAGCCCAAGUGGAAGGAGCACAAAUGCCCAGCAUGCUCCAAACGCUAUAUGCAUGAGGACACACAUAAAAAUCAUCUUGACAACUGUGUGGAAUAUCAAUUCGUUAGCUUUAUAGGUGAAGUGACAAUGCUGCUGGAGAUCAGGCAGCAGAAGAUGGUUUCACCACACGAGUUUAUUAGGCGUAUGAUUUUUGCUUUUUGCAAGACUUGCAACUGGUUGCAGGACCAUGCCGUAGAUACGCAGCUGGCUGACAAACUGAAUAAGGUAAAAUUAGGCAAAGGAGUUGCUGAAGUGCCACCGGAAACUGCUGAAAAGGCACAAGCAAGUAACUGGAAUACGCUACUUUCACCCUCAAAGUUGGAUGAGCCGUCGAAUAGUUCGUUGUAUCAGUUUAAUCGUGGAUCAACUACACCCAUUACAGUCAUGAAUAAUGUGUUAUACGCUAUAGAGCGCUCCGAGAGUCGCAAUUCUCAACAGACACCCCAUCCGGUGGUAAUGAAACCAAUACCAAUACGCUGCUCUGCUGCAGCUGCUCAGACUGUUCCAGCUCCCCCAGUCUUACAUGAGCGUGCCACAUUCCUCCAAAAGUUACAACGUGCCACGGUGACGCCAAAACAUCAACAGCAGCAACAAUCGCCUGUGUCCGUGGCUAGUGCCAAGCUCUUGCCUAUCUCGGCUGCACGCUGUAAUCAAUGCAACUUGCUGUUCGACUCGGUGAGUGAGCUGGAGCUACACAAUGGUAAACAUCACAAUGGCCAAAGCAGCGCCAAAGACGAUGACGCUGAAAGACGUCGCAUAAUUGCUUUAUUCGAAGAAGACAUUUAACUUAAAUUAUUUUAUUUUAUUUCAAUCAGUUUAAGUACCCCGUGUGUUUCAUUUUAUUUUACUUGUGCAUUGUAUUUUAAUUUGUUAUUGUGUUACUUUAUGUUUAACUAAAGUAUUCUAUUGUGAUUUAUGUUCUCACCACAUUUAAUGACGUACUCAUACAAAAGUAUUUUUAAUAGAAAUUUUAAUAUUUACAAUAAGCUUAAGCAUACUACGAAAACACA